AUGGACAAGAAUUCACAGGCUGCACACCAAGAAGCUACGGCUCCGCAGCUAACACCUCCUGACGCACAAUCUCAGGCACAAACCCAAGGAGAAAUUCGGCAUCUCCCAUCGCCGCCCUUCGUGCAGAUAGAUGGCCUCUACAACUUUCGCGACUGUGGGGGUUACCCGAUCGCGGAUCGCCCCAACAAGAUAGUCCGACGGGGUAUACUCUACCGAUCAGCGGAACCCUCCACGAUCACCACGGAAGGCAUAUGGCAGCUGCAUAAGCUAAAUAUUUCGCGGGUGUUUGAUCUUCGUUCUGACGGCGAAAUCGAGGAGAGUACUAAAAAAGGCUGGGGGCAAAUUCGAGUUUGGGACCAAGCCGUGAGAGUACCGGCCGCCAUCUUUACUGAUGACUACACUUAUCGUGCUGGACGGGUUCAUAACUUGAGAAACGUGAGCGUUGAGGACUUCGUGGACUAUUACCGGGCUAUCAUCGACUCGGCCAUCUCUGCCGACAAUCCAUUCCAACCGCUGAGGAAUAUCCUGAGCCAUCUCGCAACAAAUCGCCCAUCGGAGCUUGAACCAAUCCUUAUACAUUGCUCUCUAGGGAAAGACCGAACUGGGGUCAUUUGUGCACUAGUUCUGAGCCUUUGUGGCGUGGAGGACAGCAUUAUUGCGCGUGAAUACGCCUUGACGGCGCUCGGUAUCAAGGACAAGGUCGCCAGUGUCAUCGCGGAGAUUCGGCCCAAUGGGCCCGGCAUCUCCGAACAGGGACAGCGACUUUUCGGCGCCAGGUGUUGGCUCCGUGCUCGACAUUAUGCCUAG